AUGAUUAGGAAGAGCACGAAGCGUACGAAGAAUGGUGAAGAGAUUCCGACUGAAGGUCGGAUGCGUGAAGUGGUCUCUGAGUUUCAAUCUGGCGAGAAGGGUCUUGCUAAGCAUAGGUCCUUCGCGGAGGUAACUGGGAUGGAGAAUGGUGUUUCGGGCGAAGCAUCACCAUGGCUGAUGGAGGAGGAGGAUCCUGAUCUGGAUCUGCUCGAUCCAAACCAGGGGACUAUUUCUGGAUGGGGCUUUCAGACAGUAGCUAAAGAGGAUGGACUGGUGGAGAUUAAGAGCAAUGGAGAAGCUCGAGGUCGUAUGCAUCAACGAUGGAAGAACGCCUUGAUUGUCAUGUUGCUGGGCAAGAGGAUUGGUGUUGGGUUUAUGAAGCGCAGGUUGGGAGUGCUCUGGGCUAAAGCUGGAAGCAUUACAGUUGCGGAUUUAGGGAAUGAUUUCUUCUCUGUUCGCUUCAGGUGCCUGGAGGACCUGCAUUUGGCUAUUUCGGGAGGGCCUUGGGUGAUACUGGGUCAUUAUCUGGCUACCAGGAAAUGGGAGCCUUGCUUCGAUCCAGAGAAGGCAAACAUACAUAAGGUUGCAGCAUGGGUGCGUCUGCCAGGUAUUCCUCAAGAGUACUGUGAGUUUCCUUUUUUGAAUCAUUUGGGAACUGUGAUUGGUAAAGUCCUAAGAGUUGAUAGAACAACUUCUACUGAAGAUAGGGCUAGGUUUGCAAGAGUAUGCAUCGAGAUUGAUCUUGCCAAACCUCUGAAAGGGAUGUAUGUACUGGAUGGCUGUAGGAAAAGGAUAGAAUAUGAAGGAUUGUACCUAAUAUGUUUGAAGUGUGGCAGAUAUGGGCAUAAUCUUGAGUCUUGUCCAGAAGUUGCUAAGCAAACACCAAUGGAAAAGCCUUGUGAGAAUCCUGUUCAACCAGUGGAAAAGUCUGAAGCUCAGGGAGUUGGUGAGUGGAUGGUGGUGCAAAGAAGGAAGAAAGGAGGUCAAGCAUCACUGAAAAGUGAUCCCAGGAAUGCCAGAUGA